AUUUGUGUCCUUCUCAUUGUAAAAAAGUUCGUCACCUUAGUUAUUUGUAAAAUUCAUAAAGGUGGGACACUAAACAAAGUGCUUUUUUGGUAGGGAAUUACUGUGCUGCCUUUAAAGUAAGCGUUAUUCUUUAGCGUCAUUUGUGUUGGGGGGGGGAUGGAAUUACGAUUCACCAUAAAUAUGCCCAAUUAGAAAGGUCUAUAUAUCUUAAAGGAUAGUGGUUUCAAUAAACAAAUAUCUUAUCAUACAUGGAGUUUAACAUGUUCUCACAGUUACACCGAGACAUCACCUCUCCAAAGUUAGGAGAUCCCGGCCGAAUCAAAUCGGUGACCAGAAGCAAAGUUUUAUUAAUAGGGUUACCAACUGGAACUUCCAACGAAAGAGACGGACUUUUUAACCACCAAGAUAACAAUAUAGAGCAGCAAAAGAGUCCCGACGUCUGGCGAUUUUCGAGAGUUGACGCAGCCGCAAGAUGACUGUCACGUGAUGCGAAGCGAGCCUGAGGAGCGAGCGUCCUUUCUUGAUCGUGUGUUGAGAUGAAGCGCGGGAGCUCAGCCAGCCCUGGCAACUUAGGGGGCGGACAGCAGGUAGCGGAAAGCGCUGGUUUUACUCUCCCGCGAGAUUCUCGAUCCUACGCUCGAAAUUAGCCGUUCCCCCUCACUUAGGAGGCGGCGGCGGCGGCAGGGGGAUGAUUCUUAUCCGCCCCCCCUCCCAUCAGCCACAUUAUGGUAGUGAUAAAAAUUGGGUUCAGGAAUCGAUCGUGAGGCGCUUUUCUCGGUUGUUUUUUUUUCAUGCAUCCAGAGACUGGCCUACAAGAAUGUGAAUAUAGCGGCGGCUGAAUUCUCACAACAUUCAAGGGUGGUUAUUGACAGCACCGUGCGUUGUGCGAACAGGUUAAUUUAGUGAGCCGCUGUAAUUGUUGACUCCUGAGGCGCUUAAAAGGAAGUUUGUAUCAACUGAUGUAUUAUUUUAAGGAUAUGGUUUUAAGCGUGUUUGCUUAGAAAUAAAUGUAAUAAAGGAGCAAAUAAAAACACCUAGUCUGGUAUGUAAAAUAAUUCAUUACACCGUUUUAAUGCUAAUAAUAUACAGUUUUCUGAAAUAUAAUGGUACUGAACCAACACAGUCAUGGAAGAAAACAGAAGUAGAAGUUGAAUUUGUUAAGGUCAAAAAGAGAGCUUUGGAGAGGUUGACAACUGAAGUAAUGCAGUUGCAUGACAUUCUGCCCAAGAUAUUGAAUAGUGAUAUCUUAGAAAGCUUUCAGAAACUGGAUGCCCUUGAAACAAUUGUAGAAAAGAAAGCUAAUGAACUGGAACAAUUGAGAAUGGAUUGUGAACACUAUAAAGCUCGCUUGGAAGCAGCCCAGGCAGACUGUGUGAGAGAAAGAAUGGAAAAAUUAAAUAUUCGACAGCAGCUGAAUGAUGCAAAGCAACAAUUACUACAACAAGCUGAAUAUUGUACAGAAAUGGGUGCUGCAGUAUGCACAUUAUUAUGGAGUGUUUCUAAUAAUGAAGAAGCAGUUAAAAAUAUUCUAGGAAGUGCUCAGGCUGUAAAGUUUUUUACUAUUGCUGGACAAACAAUGGAGAGUUUUGUCCACUCUUUAAAUGAAGAUAGCAAACAUCAGGAUAUGGAUUCUGAUGAAAGUCAGUUUGUAUUAGGUUUGGCUGGAAUUGUUACAAAUGUUGCUGCUUUAGCAAUUGGUCGUGAAUUCCUUGUUGGUUCAAAUCAGGUACUGCUGGACACAAUGAUUCAGUUGCUGAGAGAUAUGAAGCCAGGAUGUUGCACCAAACUAAAAGUGCUGAUGCUGAUGUCCUUAUAUAAUAUUAGUAUCAACAUGAAAGGUGUGAAGUAUAUCAGUGAAAAUGCAGGAUUCUUCCCAUUACUCUGGUGGCUCCUGAAUGUGAUUGCAGCUCCACCUCCCAGCUGGACAACUCAUCUGACAACUUCAAACUGCUACUCCAGAGUCUUCUUGCAAGUUGCCACUGAAUGGAUGAACUUUUGGGGUGAUUCUGGGACUCUCCCUAAUCCAGAUCCAGAUCCAGAAGUAUGUUUUCAUGUAUUACGACUUCUCCAGUCCAUGAUUAUGGAGCCAGAGAUAUUAACUAAGUCAGCUCUUGAAAUACGUGACUCCCUACCACUUCCACGUAUUCUUUUGCUAUCAAAGAGCCGUAAUAAAGAUCUACAAAUUCUGGCCCAAGAACUGCUUGACGACCUCAGAGUAUUAGAAGGUACCUGGGCCUCUGGCAAACAAAGGAUCUUAAAGAAGGAUUUUCAAUCCCAUUUUCUACAGUCAUCAGACACACCUUUUAUAGGAUGUCACCCGAUUCAAGAGUCAGGAUGAGGACAUAUAAAGCUCAUCACAAAUACAAUUGCUACAGGAAUGAGCAGGCAAGUACAACUCAGCCCUGCCUUAAUGGGCUUUCAAAAAAUAACAAGUACUAUUAACAAUGAUUGUUUAACAUUUUUGUGAAAUAACUGCAUUCUAAAGUAGGCCUCUCUUGGGACUUGAGGGACAAGUAACACAACAAGCUAACACACCCUGAAAGCAGAGGAACAAGUAUCACUCCCCUGUCAAGGUGUUUACUAGUCAAAGCAAAGCAAGAUGAUUUUCGUACAUGAAAUGAAAAAUCCCGUAAGAACCUUGCCAUAACUCUGGCAGUUAAAAUGAAAUAAUAGGGUUGUGCAAAGCAGCCAAAGUCUGACUCAGAUUUGCAAUUCAAAGAGUCAACUCAAUUUGAAUCCACAAUUUGAUUAAAAAAGCCAAGUCAGUUUGAUCUGAAUAUAUGACUCACAUACUUGAUUUGAUAAAUGUGUGCAAGUGUGCAUAUGCAAAAGUUCACUGAAUCUUCACAUUGCUUCAAAGACAUCUUCUUCAGGCUGACAUACUAAUCUGAUUCCACAAUUGUAUCUGAAGUUUCAGUAAGAAAUUGUCUUCAAAUCAAAUCUUUGCAUUAUCCCAUUAAACAACUGAUGAUUAAUUUGCUGCCCUUUUAGGUCACCCAGAUUCUACUGCUUAAGGCAACUGUUUUUCAGCUUGCAAGCUAACUCUUCCUCAACUUCUCUCUUAUGUGUGUGGACUGGCAGUUCCUUGUUCAGAUCAAUUUCUGUCUGAUAAGUGCUGUACAGGCAUUGUUGGGUGUCCCAUCCAUCUUUCAGGGUUGAAUAAGUGAAUAGGGCAAGCAUUUAAGUUUUUGGAACUUCUCACUCACUCAGUCACUUCUAAACAUAUAAUAUUUAUCCAAGCAGCUCUACAUUCCCUUUUUUCUUUGAUCUGUUUGCUUGUGAAAUAAAAAAGACAUGUGUACUCAACACUGUCUGUUUUUGUUUGGUCAUGCACUCUUGGGAAGGCUUUGCUAGAUGUUUUCUCAAUUUACGGAAGUUCAUUGUAAUAAAAACUUGAGAACUCCCUGUUCCAGAGAUUUGAGUUAAGUGGAUGUGUGUUAUUAGAGGCUUAGAAGGCAGAGAAGCAAAGUAGGAGACCCUUACGAAAUAGGAGGCAGACCCUCAUAGAUGGUUUCAUGAAGGCUCAAAGCCAAUUCUAAGUCUCUUUGCCUAGCAUUUUGUUGUCAUCCUAUUUACCUUUACAUUAAAAACUAAUUUACAGAUUACUCUAACAGUCUGAUGGCCUAAUUGCAAUCCAGGAAAUAGCAUAAUGUAUUUCAUAAGAAUUUCAGUCUAUCUUCACUGCAUUCUCAUUCUUCAAAUCCUGAUGAUUAUAUGUGGCGUAAUCUCUACUAGUUCUGAAGGAUUGCUAUUCAGAUUGGAAAGGAGCAAAUCAUGACCAUCAGUGUUCAAAAAUUAUGCACUGAGUUAUCAGCCCACUUGGAUUUAGUAAAAUUGCACAAAAGUCUUUUCUUAUGAAACAUUAAAGUAGUUAUUUUAUUGCACAUACAUAUUCAAAAAAGGAGUAUGCAUUAUGAUGUGCUUUUUCACCUCAUGUAUCACAAUGUAGUGCAACACAAUAAAUUAAUUAAUUCCAUCCUUGUUGAAGAGGGUAAUUUCCGGCAUCUUUUCAAGAGGCGUGGUGUUCCCCCUACUUAAAAAGGCAUCUCUGAAACCUACUAUUCUGGACAACCUUUGUGCAGUCUCCUGCUUACCUUUUUUAGGGAAGGUGGUUUUUAGAAAAGGUGGUGGCAUUGCAACUCCAGAGGAUCCUGGACUAAAUGGAUUAUCUGGGUCCUUUUCAGUCAGAUUUCAGGCCCAUAUAUGGGACUGAAGCAGCAUUGAUUGCAUUCAUGGAUGAUCUCUGGCAGUAGUGGGAUGGAGGUGGUGCAUCCAUCCUUGAUCUUCUUGACUUCUCAGCAGCUUUCUGCUUGACCAUGCUAUCUUUGGAGCUGGUUUCGGGAGUUGUGCGUAGGUAAUACAGUUUUGUGCUGGCCUCUUCCAGUGCCAGUCCCAAUCAGUGUUGAUAGGGAGCAAGAAAUCUAGCUCAUGCUUUGCCCUCAGUGCUCUCUCUCUACUUUUUUUUAAAUCAUCUGCAUGAAAUUUCUGGGUAAAAUCAUCCAUCACCACAGAAUGAUGUGAGGGGUUCUUCCUGACUCACAGCUCCUGCUCAAAAGGUGGCAGCCGUGGCUAGGAGGGCCUUUGCUCAAUUUCAUGUGAUGCAUCAGUUAUGCCCUUUCCUGAAUAGGGAGGCUCUCUAUUGGGUCACUCAUGCCCUAGUCAUUUCCCAUCUGGACUAUUACAAUGCAUCGUAUAUUGGGCUACCCUUGAAAAGUAUCAGGAAGCUUCAGCUGGGGCAAAAUGUGGCUAAGUGAACAAUUCUGGAUGCCCAAAGAAGGGCAUAUGUGCACCUCUGUUCCAAAAACUGGGUGCCAGUUUGCUUCCAUGUCCAGUUCAAGGUGUUGGUUGCAUAUAAAGCCCUAUAUGUCAUAGGGCCAGGCUACCUACAGAACCAGCUUCAUUUCAUUACACUGGCCCAUCCCACCCAUUCAGGCAGAGAAGGUGUGCUGCAGACCCCAUCAGUUAAAGAAUGGGGUAGGAAGAAAGCCUACUCUGCUAUUGCCUCCACCCUGUGGAAUAUUCUUCCCCCAGUGGUGAGGCAGGCCCCCACUCUCCUGGCCUCACAUGGGGAGCCCAGAGGAGCACCCAGCCAGGGGGCUGGUUAGUGCCCUGAGAGCCUACCCUUCACCUUUUUAAUUAAUUUUUAACAGGUUUAAUCAUCCUUGCCUCCUUCUAAAUUCUAAAAGUUUUAAACAUUUUAAUUCUUAUAUAAUGUUUUUAUAUUUUAACAUUUAAUAGUACACACCCCAAGUUCCUCCCUGAGGGAGAUGGGUAGUUCAAAAAUGUGAAAAAUAAAUAGAUAAAUUAUCUUGCAUGAGUUUUGUUUACAAUAGUAGCUUGUAUACUCACAAUAGAAAGCAAAACAUAAGAUGUCAAAGAAGCAGCAAAAAUGCCUCUUCAAACAGCCUAUCCUGUUGCUAAUUCCAAUAGAUAAGAAAUAGUCAGAUUUGGCUACUGAAGGAUCAUCUGUAUUGACUCAUCUUAAGUUCGAUCUAUUCCAUUCCAAACAUUAGAAUGUUAAGAAUUAUUUAAACUUUACUUUAAUUUUUCCUCUUUCCUUCCCUCAACCUUUUCUUUUUAUGGUAAAGUAGCUUUUUUAGAUUGCAACUAGGAGCUAUCUUUUUUUUAUUUGAUCACAUGUACUUCUGGAAGUUUGUAACAAAAAUAAAUCCUGUAUUCUAAGUAAUCCAUCUAAAAAUACAAUUGUUGAUAAUUCUGAUCCAUAGGCCAAAACCAAAAAAUGAUCCUGAAGUUGGCAUUGCUUACAAGAAUGCUAUGUUUUGUUACUAUAGCAGGUACUUGAACCAGCUUAGCAAUGUAUCAACCAAACAGAACCAGAAUUAAAUGGGGCAGAGUAUAGCUAGUAGAUCUGGGCUGCAAAAAAAUGGCACCAAAGAAAUAGCUUUGCUAAUAAUCAUCCAGAUGUUUUGCAGUGUAUAUCUGCUAGCUUUUAGAUAGAGUGUAAUGUGGGAAAGACCUUGGGAGACAGGAUGAAAAGACACACUUCUUCACACUUGCAAGGUUGAUGUCAGCCUUACCAGGUAGCCCAGAGAGGAAACAUAACCCUAUAAGCUAAUUCAACUUUAUUGUAAAGGUACAUUAACAGAAUUUUGCAAGUCUGAAAGUACAAACCUCCCACAUCUCUGUUACAGCCUAAGAAAUUAGGGAAAGUCCUUGCUGAGAUUUUUGCUAUGCCCUCUAUCCAGCUACGGGUUAUGACUUCUCUUGUUAACCAUUCCAUAGACAGCAUCUCUUCACUCUAUCUCCCAAGGUCUUUCUGACAUACCAUUACAAAGAGUUAAUUUGCUGGUCUCUUGGUAUCUAAUAGCUAUCUGUUUUUCAAAAUAAUGCUUAAAGGGAGACAUAAUAUAGUUUGAUUUCCCAAUUUAUGAAAGCUUACACUUAUAGAUCUAGGCCUAUAGGUUUUGUACUGCAAGAAUCAACAAAUAGAAGAUGCUUAUAAUGGAAUGAGAGAUGCAAUUUUAUUAAUGUUCCACACAUGAUUCCAUCCUCCCAUCAUGGAAAAUAUAUAGAAGUGCUUAUGAGGAGUAGGUUAUAAGUAAAAAUUCUGCAUCAUCUUUAAUAGAAAUAUUAAAGACUGCAAAUUACCUCUGAGAUAAAACAUAUGAGGUUCUCUAGAGCAGGGCUUUUCAACCUUUUCACAGAUUGUACCACUUUUAGGACAUGACAAUAUUUG